GUCGGAAGAUUCUGCGACGUUAUGAUUGCAGGAUGGAUACUUCCUUUGUAUUAUGGUUUUGUUAUUUUAUUAUUGUUAUUAUUAUUAUUUUUUUUGUUUCUUCUGUUUAGAAGAGAUGAGGUCGUGCGAAUGCGCGUCACUGUGAGAAGAAAGUGUAUUCAACGGCGAGAGGGUGGUGCUCACUCGCUGCUGCCACACGGUAAUGAAAGAGCUGAUUACGUUCAGGGCUCUCGAAAAAGAGUUGUUCCUUCAAAUUUACGCGUGAUGACGCGUAAAUUUUUAUGACGUCGUGGAUCUGUUCAUUAAGCAACAUGCGCUGUGUUUUUGAGUCUAGUACGUUUCAGAGAGCCGUUCAAUGGUUUUGCUUUCUGAGUGAUACACGAGACGUUGUUGAGAAGAGAGGGUUUUUGGGGUUGUGAAUUUGGUGAGUGGUUGAGGGUUUUUGGUAGAAACCGAAACAGUUGAAAGCCUGAGACAACGUUGAGACAACGUCGAGACAGUGCAUGCAGUAAUCGCAAUCACGGUGAGGUCUCUACAAGCGUCUGGGCGCCAUGAAUGACUUACUAGCGAGGGGUCUGAACCGGGGAGUUCGAUAUGACGAGGACGAUCGUCAGAACGACCUCGAGAAUGGUGUGAAGCAUUUCCCACCCAGCGUACAGUUGACGAACAUGAAGGCCAACACCGACGGUAUGGGUGAUUUUUUGAGGCAUAUUGAAGUGGUGCAAGCAGAAGUGAACAAGAUGAAUCAGCAGCUCGUGAGCCUCCAGAAUGUAAACGAGAAGAGUAAAGGGGUUUACAGGGCAGACGAAUUAAAAGCUCUCCGCGCCCAAAUGGACGCGGAAAUCGCGUCCGCGACAAAAAGGGCGCGGUUCAUCAAGGUUAAGCUUGAGGAGCUGGAUCGGUCCAAUAUUGAGCACCGUCAGGUGAGAGGAUGUGAAGCGGGGACAGCCUCAGACCGGCAGAGAAUAUCAUUAACGGAGAAUCAGCGGAAGAAGGUGAAGGAAUUGAUGGACGCGUUCCAAUCUUUGCGUUCGAAGAUGGUGGAUGGCUAUAAGGAGACCAUAGAGCGCAGAUACUACACCAUCACCGGGGAGCAAGCCGACGAGGAAACUAUCGAGAACCUGAUAAGCACCGGCGAGAGCGAAACCCUCCUGCAGCAAGCGAUUCGCGAGCAGGGUCGUGGCCCCGUGCUGGAGGCUGUCCGGGAGAUUCAAGAGCGGCUAGAUGGAGUGAAAGAGAUUGAGAAGCACAUGCUGGAGCUUCACGCCAUCUUUAUGGACAUCUCUGUCUUGGUGAGUGCACAAGGGGACAUGAUCAACGACAUUGAAUCAAAUGUCCAACGUUCGUAUUCCUACAUCAAGAAGGGUGGCGAGCACUUGGAAGUUGCGAAACGUUAUCAGAUGAGCAAAAGAAGGACGACCAUCAUAUGCGUCCUCCUUCUCAUCAUCAUCAUUGCGAUUCUAGUCCUCGUUUUAGUGCUCAAGUUUAAGUAGCCUGGGAAACUCCGGAAACUGUGUAGUUUAAAAUCGUUGAAGACAAAAACGAAGUUCUCAAAAUUGAUAGAAGAGAUUCAUUUCUGUACAGAUUUUUAUUUUUAUCCAAAUUAUUGUCUGGUUGUGCUAUUGGUCAUGUCAUCUAAAA